CCACUUCUUGAGGGAAGAACCGCGAGCUGCUCGUGAAUGAACAACUGGUCCUCCGGUCACAGUGAAGCGUUUAAAUCGUGAAUUUAAACUGUAUUUUGGGUCCGUUGGAGGCUUUUUUAGCAUUCUAGUGGUCAAGUUAUCUCACCUGAGGGUCUGCAGCCAUGGCUCGUAAGGAUUAUGCGGCAGAGAAAGACAAAUGCAAAAGGUUCCUGCAAGAGUUUUACUCAGAGGAUGACAAUGGCAAGAAGGUUUUCAAAUAUGGAGCUCAGCUUGUGUCGCUGGCCCACAGAGAGCAGGUGCCCAUCUUUGUGGAACUGGACGACGUGGCGGAGGAAGACCCAGAGCUGGUUGAGAGCGUCUGUGAGAAUGCCAAGCGCUACACCGGCCUGUUCUCUGACGCCAUCCACGAGCUGCUGCCAGAGUACAAAGAAAGAGAUAUUGUGGCCAAGGAUUCUUUGGAUGUGUACAUUGAGCACCGGCUGAUGAUGGAACAAAGGGGUCGAGACCCAGCAGACACCCGGGACACUCGUAACCAGUACCCACCUGAACUAAUGAGGAGAUUUGAGCUGUACUUUAAACCUCCCACCACUGCUAAACCCAAAGUGGUGCGAGACGUACGAGCGGACAGCAUCGGGAAUCUGGUGAAUGUUCGAGGCAUAGUGACCCGCGCCACCGAGGUCAAGCCCAUGAUGGCCGUCGCUACGUACACGUGUGACCAGUGUGGUGCUGAGACCUAUCAACCAAUCCAGUCUCCCACCUUCAUGCCCCUCGUCAUGUGUCCCAGCCAAGAGUGUGUCACCAACAAAUCUGGAGGUCGGCUCUACCUGCAGACCAGAGGCUCCAAAUUUGUCAAGUUCCAGGAGCUGCGUAUCCAGGAGCAUAGUGACCAGGUGCCCAUUGGAAAUAUUCCACGGAGCAUGUCGAUUUAUGCCCGUGGAGAAAACACGCGUCUGGCCCAGCCAGGAGACCACGUGGCCGUCACCGGGGUCUUCCUCCCUCUUCUACGCACAGGCUUCAAACAGGCCACUCAGGGUCUUCUGUCAGAAACUUACCUGGAGGCUCAUAACAUCACACUCAUGAACAAGUCGGAUGAUGAUGAGCUUGGCAAUGACGAUCUGACUGAGGAGGAGCUGCGUGGCAUUACAGAGGAAGGAUUUUAUGAGAAGCUAGCUGGCUCAAUAGCACCAGAGAUCUACGGACAUGAAGAUGUAAAGAAGGCUCUGCUCCUGCUGCUGGUUGGAGGGGUGCAACAGGCACCUAAAGGCAUGAAAAUCAGAGGUACCAUAAACAUCUGCCUGAUGGGAGACCCAGGAGUCGCCAAGUCCCAGCUGCUGUCCUACAUUGACCGCCUGGCUCCUCGAAGCCAGUACACAACAGGCCGCGGCUCUUCUGGUGUCGGUCUGACUGCAGCGGUGAUGCGUGACCCCGUCACUGGAGAAAUGACUCUGGAAGGCGGAGCCUUGGUGCUCGCUGACCAGGGCGUCUGUUGCAUUGAUGAGUUUGACAAGAUGGCCGACGCCGACCGCACAGCCAUCCACGAGGUGAUGGAACAGCAGACCAUCUCCAUCGCUAAGGCGGGCAUCAUGACCUCCCUCAAUGCCCGUUGCUCUAUUCUAGCAGCAGCCAACCCCGCCUAUGGCCGCUACAAUCCCCGGAAGAGCAUCGAGCAGAACAUUCAGCUGCCGGCUGCUUUGCUCUCCCGUUUCGACCUGCUUUGGCUGAUCCAGGACAAGCCGGACGCUGAUGCCGACCUGCGUCUAGCGCAGCACAUCACCUACGUCCACCAGCACCUACGCCAGCCCCCCACCCACUUCACCCCCAUCGACAUGAAGCUGAUGAGACGUUACAUCGCUGUGUGUAAGAAGCGGCAGCCUGUGGUGCCCGAGGCGCUGGCUGAUUACAUCACUGCUGCUUACGUAGAGAUGAGGAAAGAGGCCCGAGUCAGCAAAGACACCACCUUCACCUCUGCACGUACCCUCCUGUCCAUCCUCCGUCUGUCCACUGCCCUGGCUCGCCUUCGCAUGAUGGAGUCUGUGGAGAAGGAAGACAUCAACGAGGCGAUGAGACUGAUGGAGAUGUCAAAGGACUCGCUGCAAGCCGACAAGUCCAGCACCACAAGGACUCGGCGUCCAGCCGACGUCAUCUUCUCUCUGGUGCGUGAGCUCUCCACGGAGGGCGGAGCCGGCGGAGUGGUUCGCAUGGCUGAAGCGGAACAGCGUUGCGUCACUCGUGGCUUCACCCCCGCCCAGUUCCAGGAAGCGUUGGAGGAGUACGAGGAGCUGAACGUUUGGCAGGUCAACCAGGCCCGCAGCCGCAUCACCUUUGUCUGAAGAAACCUGCAACGUGCACGCUGCGUUUCAGUCACCUGAGGGGAAAACUCUUUAUUGUAGGCUUUCUGCAGACUUGACUUGGGGCGUUGCAUUUUGCAACACAAGUCGAGCAGAACCUGGACAUUUUCUAAGUUCGACUAUUUUGCAAGAAUCCCUGCUGUUAAACAUCCAUAGCUUUGUUUUUGUUUUUUUGUUUGUUUUUUUUAAUGUUAAGAUUCCUGUUUACCAGUAAAUCUUUUGUAAAUAUGUAUGUCAGAAUUUGGAAUGGUGUAAUAUCUGUAAUUUAGUACUUAAAGCUUCUAGGUUCUAUGACAAAGAGCAUUUCUGUACAUUUUACACUGUGAUGCAAGAUAAAAGGUUGAGCAUUGUUAUAAUAAAUUGAUGGU